CCAUGCAGUCCCAGAGAAAGAGGUUUUGAUCAUUCAAAAAGCAAACUUGAACAGUCGUUCCUAAUCGUGUAAAAUCUGUCCAUGACUAACUAAAAACAUGAACUGAACCCUGUCAUGGGUCAAAUUAUCCAAAUGUAAUAACCAUCUAGUAGGAAAGGGUUUAAAAGAAAAAGCAUGAGUAAACUACACUUAAAUCCUUCAUCAUCAUAAGUCAUUAAUACAGGAUUGCCUCUGCUCAGAAAUUCUAUAACUAACAACUAACUUCUAUUGUGAGAAAGCACAUUAGAAGAAAGAAGUUCGAACCCUGCAAAUAACAAUCAUGAAUAUGUUAGGACGAAACAAGUUUCUCUACUUCUAAUUCUAAAAUAAAUGAAUUUUGAAAACUGUUAAGUCUGAGAAAAAUGGGCUUCAGAUCACCAUGUACUAAAAUAAACCUAGAUGCAACUGUGCUAAAUCACCAAGUAAAACCAGUUUUAGGAAGCAAACUUAACAGUAGUUCCAUCACCAAACAUCAAUCACCUUCAACAGUUUUUCUAUAACAACAUACUAAUUGCCAUGAAAGAUUUCUUCCCUCCUUUUCCAGCUUGUUCACAGAAAAUUAGGAAUAUGUUAAAUCAAGUCCAUUCAUCAAUGAACAAUCCAGUUUUGCAUAUAAAAUUGCUGAAAAAGAGUUUACAAAAUAAACACAUUCACCCUCU